AUGCGCAUAGAGAGCGAGGCUUCGGGCAUCAACAGCCGCUGGCUGCACAACUCUGCAUCUCGCCUCCGCCCGCGCGCGCGGCGGUUCAGCUUCUUCGCCGUGCCGUGGCCUGCAGCGGUGCAGAUCAUUCUGGUCUCCGCCGGGAACUCGUGUUGUUUUGGCACCUUUCGCCCUCCUGCUUCCCUCCUGAGAGCCCUCCUCGCCUUACUGGGCUGCACCCCUCGCUUGGGAUUGCCAGCCCGUCUCCUAUGCCACCGUGCUCUACCCUUUUUGGGCAACUCUGGCCUGGCCCGCUCCGCCCCUCACGCUGUUCAGCCGCGCUUACACCGCGCUUCCCUUUCUCAGGCUCUGGCACACUUUCUCCGCAGCGCCACGCUCGAUGCUCCCUGCCCGGCGAAGUGCUCUUGCCCACCUCGACCCAACGUCCAACCGGGCAGCUCCUCGAACUACAUAGUCGGUUGCAUCCCCUCGUCCCUUCACUACCACCACCACCCACCUCCUCCCCCUAUCCCGACCAGCCUCCCCACCCUUUCCCUGUUUGUCCCUCUGCCUCGUGUCCGCUUCCCAGCUUUUAAACCUACACACUCUUUUGAACCUCACCAACCCGACCACGUCUCGCACACCUCGCAUCCGACAUCGCAUUCGACCAUGUACGCCAAGUCUGCCCUCCUCGCCCUGCUCGCCGGCGUGAUCGGCGUCACCGCCUACGACCCGGCUCACAUGCCUGCCAAGACCGACGCCCAGGGCGGUCAGACUGGCUACAACGACUGCCAGCAGCGCUACGGUGCCUCGAACCCCAAGGCCAAGUGCCAGAACGUCUUUAUCAACUCGGUCAAGGACUUCUGUCUCUGGGGCCCUCCCAACACCCAGUCGUCCGACACUGUGGGUAACCUCGAGGCCGUCAUGGUCGCCUACUGCAUGAAGUCGGGCUACGGUACCCGUCUCAUCCCCGACGGCACCAUCAAGGGCGCUCACUUCCUCAAGACGCCUUCCUUUGUCCAGGUCACCGGUACUGGUGACUUUACCAAGAUCCACAUCCGCGCCGGUGACGAGGGCGGAGAGCUCGACCCUCACGGCGCCACUGGCUCGGGCAACCCCGUCGGUGGUCACGUCUUCACCCGUGCCUUUACUGGCAACUGGGAGGAGCUCCCCGAGUGGCAGAACUUCAUGUCGGCCAACGAGUACUGCUUCCGUGCAUGCCGUGCCGGUCCUUGGGCCAAGAACUGGUGCCCUCACAUCUACGACGUCAUGGGCUGCAUGUGGAACGAGCCCGCCAACUACGACGCCGGGGUGUUCGAGCAGUGCGACGGCAUUGAGGGCCAGUGGCCCGGUGUCUACUCGGGCUCCACCUGGUACCAGGGUGUCAGGCCCACGCCUGCUGCCCAGCCCGCGGGCAAGAGCUCCAACUGCCGAUACUACCCUUCCAUCUCGAACGGCCCCGCUAUCAAGACCCCCUCGAAGCGAUCCGUCAUGGCCACCCAGGUCAAGCGUUCCCCCGAGUGGGAGGAGGACUACUAA